AUGCUGAAGGCCGUUCUGUGUCUGCUUGUUACCAGCAUAGUAUUGGUCAGAUGUCAAAUGCUUGAAGGUUUACCCCAUUAUCUUGUCCAAAAUCGACUGCAGAAUAACAUCGGUUCACGACUAGUAGCCCUCAAUCGAGGGCAAGUUCCCAACUUUGAUGUCAAUAAUCGACGACAAAAUUAUGGAAUCGACAUUCGUAAAUCAGAUAACCGACGUGACGAGAAUGACAUUCCAGGUCGUUUAGUGGAUCCUCAGUCGAAUCAAGAUAUAAAGAUUGGUGCUAAAAGGGUGUAUUAUGAUAACCGGCGAAGACUAGUUUCAGACGAGGCACAGAAACGGCGGCAAAUUGGCGAUUAUCUGAGGGAUUUGUAUCUAAAAUCAGUUCCUAAAAAACUGAACCGACGACGCAAAGAAUGCGGUGUACCAUUGCGGCGGCACACGCGUCAACCUCGCGACCGUACUCCAGGCCAGCUCCGCAUCAUCAAGGGUCGGGAGUCCAAGCGGGGAGCCUGGCCCUGGCAGGUAUCACUUCAGCUGCUGCACCCCAACUACGGUCUGAUCGGGCACUGGUGUGGCGGCGUGCUGGUGCAUCCGAUGUGGCUGCUCACCACUGCUCACUGUAUUCAUAAUGAACUCUUCAACCUACCGGUGCCAGCGCUCUGGACAGCAGUUCUGGGAGAAUGGGACAGAGCUGAACAGAAGGGAGCCUAUGUGCCUAUCGAGAAGAUUGUCCUGCACCAUCGGUUUCAUAACUACCAACAUGAUAUAGCUUUAAUGAAGUUAACAAGACCAGCAGACGUCAGCACGGGAAGUCGAAUCCGCACAAUCUGCUUACCACCUUUCGAACCACCGAUAGACGCGUUCGGAACAGAAAAGAGCUCAUCUUUCUACCAUCGUCCAGAAUCGUCAACAGAACCACCACGACGAAAGCCAAAACCACCAAAACCAAAGCCAGAUACAGCUGUCAAAUACCUAGAAAAACUGAAUAAUUUAACGAAGAAUAUCUUCUCAGGACUAGUGAACAAGAAACAUAAGAAUAUGAGAUAUAACGUUAGAGUAUCUAAUGACUCAAAUAGACAGACAGACAGAAAAAAUGGAGAUGAACUAAGAAAGUCAGAUAAUGAGAGAGGUCACAGUGAUCUAAUCUAUGACAGCGCCACACUAGACAGUGUAGUUAAACUUAUAAGGAACAGUCUGCUAAAAGACGAUUAUAAAGUCAAUAUAAACAGAAGUGACAAGAAACUUAUGUUUGGUGAAGAAAUUGAUCCGUUUAUUGAUGACAAUAAUAGACUAGAUUUCAAAGAUGAGUGUUAUACUACUGGAUGGGGUAGGGAGCAGACGAAUGGGACAUUGACAGAUGUUUUGUUGGAAGCUGAAGUACCAGUUCUACCUCUUAAUGUUUGUAGGGAGAGAUAUGCUCUGACUCUUCCAUUGAACGAUGGACAUCUGUGUGCUGGGAGCACAGAUGGCAGCACAGGAGCUUGUGUGGGUGACAGUGGUGGUCCCCUGCAGUGUCGGUCUGGUGGUCGCUGGGAGCUCCGUGGCCUCACCUCAUUUGGGUCUGGCUGUGCUCGGCGUGGUGUACCAGACGUCUACACCAAUGUUGCUCAUUACGUCUCCUGGAUCUAUGCUCAUGUUUAUGCUAGCUAGUAUUAGAAUGUUGUUUGUAUAAUGUAAUAGUGCUACUUGUACAGAAUAUUUCGUUUGGCAAGUGAAUGGUGUUCUUGUUUUGAUAGAAGCAACAAUAUUUCAAUUUUUUGUCUUUGGAUUUGUCAGUUAUUGACUGACUGACUCGUUGGCCGAGUGGUC